AUGGCUAGCCGAGAAAAUAUUUUUUUGUGCUUUUUAAUAUUUGUGUCAAACUGCUGUAGCUUGAGCUUUUGCGAAAAUGUUAAAAGACCUCAUAUAAUAUUUAUUUUGGCUGAUGACUUGGGUUGGAAUGAUGUCGGAUUUCAUGGUUCAUCACAAAUUCCAACACCUAACAUAGAUGCCCUUGCCUAUUCUGGAGUGAUUUUGCAAAACUAUUACGUUCAGCCACUAUGUACACCAUCAAGAAGUGCUCUAAUGACUGGAAAAUAUCCAAUUCAUUUAGGAAUGCAGCACAAAGUUAUAGACGCCGGAGAACCACGUGGUCUUCCUUUAGGAGAACGUUUGCUUCCUCAAUAUCUUAAGGAUUUAGGAUAUAGUAAUCAUAUGAUUGGUAAAUGGCAUUUAGGACAUUACAAAAAAGAAUAUACACCUUUAUAUAGGGGAUUUGAUUCACAUCUCGGAAUUUGGUCCGGAUAUCACGACUAUUAUGAUCAUUCUGUCUAUGAAGAACCAUGGUACGGUUUGGACAUGAGGAGAGGUAUGGAUGCUGCUUGGGAUUUACACGGUCAAUAUUCAACAGAUGUAUUUUCGCAAGAGGCUGUUAAAAUUGUAGAAAAUCAUAAUACAACUAACCCUUUAUUUUUAUAUAUGGCCCAUGCUGCUGUUCAUUCUGGAAAUACCUAUAAUCCUUUGCCAGCACCUGAUGAAGUGGUUGAAAGUUUUAAAGGAAUUGAAAAUUUUCAAAGAAGAAAAUUUGCAGCCAUAUUAAAGAAAAUGGACGAUGCUAUUGGAGAUCUUAUAGAUGCUUUGGCACGCAAAAAUAUGCUGAAAGAUAGUUUAAUAGUUUUUUCUACUGAUAAUGGAGGAUCUCCUGUGGGAAUAGGUCCAAAUUCAGCAUCCAAUUGGCCACUUAGAGGGGCUAAAUUCACAUUAUUCGAAGGCGGCGUAAGAGGAGCUGCUGCAAUUUGGUCGCCUCUAAUUAAAAAAUCUCAAAGAAUUAGUAAUCAGAAGAUGCAUAUUAGUGACUGGUUGCCUACAUUACUGUCAGCAAUUAAGGCAGACAUUCCUAUAAAAGACUUGGAUGGAUUAGAUUUAUGGAAGGCGCUAUCUGAAGACAAACCAUCACCAAGGAAUGAAAUUUUAUUGAAUAUUGAUGAUAUUUACGGCCAAGCAGCUCUGAUUAACGGAAAAUUUAAGUUAAUAAAAGGUGAUAUAUUUGAUGGAGAAUUGAAUGGUUGGUAUGGACCUUCUGGAAGAAACGAUAUUUAUGAUAUUGAGAAAAUGAUUGACAGCAAAGUUGGUAGAGCAAUGAAACGUCUUGGUCAAUACCCAUCAAUAAAUAAAAUUAAAAAAUUAAGAUAUAGUUCAGAAGUCAAGUGUUCAGAAACAAAAGCCUCAUCAUCAUGUGUUUUGAAAAAUGGUCCUUGUUUAUUUGAUCUCAUUGCUGAUCCUUGUGAACGCAACAAUUUAGCAAACAGAAAACCAGAGAUCUUAAAUAAACUCUUAAAUUUGCUGGACAAAUACAAUUCCACUAUAGUUCCACCAGGAAAUUUACCUAAUCAUCCACAAAGUAAUCCUAGCUUAUGGGAUCAUACUUGGACGAAUUUUGGAGAUUUUGACACUUCAAUUGAUUGA